CUUCUUCUUCUUCUUCAAAAACUUCAAUCAUGCUCCAUUCUUAUUCUUCUCCUUCUCUCUCUAAAUCUCUCCAAUGGGUUAUCUCUCUUGCAACGGCGAAUCCGCCGUUGCAAUCUGCGAUCCUUAUAACUGGGAUCCUCGUCGAAAACCAAAACCGGAGAAACGUCGUCCUCCUAAGCUUCGGAUUUUCAACUACGAUGAACUCGCGGUCGCUACAAACGGCUUCUCCGCCGGAAACUUCCUCGGUAAAGGAAGCCACGGAAGAGUUUACAAAGCGGUUCUCGACGACGGGAAACUUCUCGCCGCCGUCAAGAGAACUACAAUCACCACCGGUGGUAAUUAUAAUAAUAACGUGAGUCAAGUAGACAACGAGAUCGAGAUUCUUUCAAGAGUUCGUCACCGUUGGAUGGUCAACUUAAUCGGUUACUGCGUUGACCACCGGAGGAAGACGAAGCUGUUAGUCGUCGAGUACAUGCCUAACGAUUGGGCGGUGCCGUUAAUCAAGCGCGGCGAAUUCGUCGCGAUUUGUGAUUUGAAGAUUAAGAACCGUCCUUAUUCCGCCGUGAUUCGGAAACUGGCGGUUAUGGCGGCGAGGUGUGUGAGAUCGACGGCGAAGAAACGUCCUGAUAUGUUAGAGGUUGUUGAGUGUUUGAAAACGGUGAGGAAGUUAUCACAGGCAUCUCCGGCGUGGAAUAGACUGCGGCGGAGGAGUGAAGAGGGAUCGGAAAAUGUUUUCGCGGUUGAGGAAGAAAAGGAAGAGAUUCAUGUGAGGAUUGUGAGAGGAGGAAGUAGGAGGAACCGGAAGGUAGCGAAUGUGACGUGUGUUGAUGAUGUAUACGAGAGAAUAGUUCCGGAGGAGACGUCUCUUUCUCCGCCGCCGCCGUUUCGUCGUCGGAAUUUUGUGCUGAGGUCGAGAUCAGUGGGAGCGAAAGUUGGACCGGAUCCAAACGACGACGUUGGAGAUAAGAUGGUGGAUACAAUCAGACUUCUUAUCGAGAUAGAAAGACCGGUGAUAACAACGACGGCGGCGAUGAGGCUGAGCAAGUCGAGGUCGGUGGGGAUUGUACGUAGUUACAAAACGGCGUCGCGGAAGAGAUAUUGAGUGUUUUACAAAAGUCAGCAAUUUGCCAGGCAAUUUGUUUGACCGUU